AUGAUGUCACCAUCGAGUGUUCGUAAUGCUCGAUUAAGCAUGUUGUAUAUUCUUGCUUCAUUAAUUGAACCUACUAAGACUCAAUAUCAUUGGUCGGGUUGUGAAAAACCAAAGUCAUGUGAAUAUGCUGCUUCUUCAAAAGCAUUUAGUAAUUCAUCAGAUCGAACAAAGCAUAUUAUACGAACACAUUUAAAUAAAAAAGAAUAUAAAUGUCAAAUUCAAGGUUGUGGUAAAUCUUAUACAGAUUAUUCAUGGUGA